AAUAAUCGUUCAUCACUCAACACUCUCAAUAAUGUAAACAAAAGCACGCGUGUAAUUAAGCCAAAUAAUUUUAAUAUAAAAACAUAUUAAAUGCUUAUUAAAAUGACAAAAAAUUGGAAAAAAUAUAUAUUAUGGUUUGCCCAAGAACAUGUAGAUUUCCGCUCAGCCGAAUUUAACUCUUUGGUAAAAAUUUUUAAUUUGGAAUAUCGCAAAAUUAGUCCGGAAUCAUUGAAACCAUUUUGGAUCGUGGAAUUUCCAAAUGAUGAGACAGCUUUAAAAUUUGCUUCAAGAUCUAUAGGCUUAAAAGCUAUUUUUGAACUAUGGAGUCAUGGCUUCGAUUUUAAGCAAUACCAUAAUAAUUUGAAAGACUAUGUAGCGCACAAUGAGGAAUGUAUAAAACCAUAUUUCCAAAAGGACUGUUCUUUUAAAAUUACAGUGGAAACGUACAACAAACAUUUUACACAAAAGGAAAAAAUCGAGAAAAUUGAAAGUAUGGACUAUUUACCCUUAGAGGGUAAUGUGGAUUUAAAAACUCCCCAAAUAGAAUGGUGGUAUAUUGAAUUUUGGGGCUUAGAUCCAACACAAGUACCUGAACAACCAGAAGAUGUAUUGUUUGGAAAGUGGUUGGCAAACGGGCAAAGGCAUUUAAUUAAGGACAUGUCUUUAAAAACUCGCAAAUUUAUUGGCAACACCAGCAUGGACACUCAAUUGAGUUUGCUUAUGGCAAAUCAGGCUUUAAUUCAAACUGGUGAUUUAGUAUUUGAUCCCUUUGUGGGUACUGGUUCGUUGCUGGUUAGUGCAGCCAAAUUUGGUGGCUAUGUUUUAGGGGCUGAUAUUGAUUACAUGAUGCUACAUGCUCGUGCAAGACCUAGUCGUAUAACACAAAAAGUACGUGAAAAAGAUGAGAGUAUAAGGGCAAAUUUAAAACAAUACAAUUGUGCUGAUCGUUAUAUGGAUGUGGUGGUGGCAGACUUUUCAAAUCCCCUCUGGAGUGAACGAAUUAAAUUUGACAGCAUAAUUACGGAUCCGCCUUAUGGCAUCAGAGAAUCUACGGAAAAGGUAGAAAACAAAGCAGUAACUAAAGAUAAUAUCCGCAGCCCUGAUAUGCCCCAUUACCCAUCUACCUCACGUUACGCUUUGCAACAUUUGUACAAAGAUUUGCUAAUAUUUGCUGCACGUCACUUGAAAAUUAGUGGCAGAUUAGUUUGUUGGUUGCCCUAUCAUAGAGAGGAUUACUCGGACGAAAUGAUACCCCUGCAUAAGAAUCUAACAUUGAUCUCAAAUUCAGAACAGCCUUUGACUGGGCAAACUGCCAGGCGUUUACUUACUUAUGAAAAAAUAUCUGAAUGUUCAGGUCUUUCUGUAGAAGAAGUGGUAAUUAAUGAGGGUGCUCUAACAUUGGAUUUCAGGGAACGUUAUUUCGACAAUGGUUUUGAAACGCGCACUGAAAGACGUUUGCGUAAAGCUGAGCAAAGGGAACAGGGUCGAUUAGAAGCAUUAAAAAGGGGUAAAAUCGUAUCAGAUGGCCGAGAACAAAAGUGCUAUUUGAACAAAGCUAGAUUUUUAAAUAAAGAUAAUUAGCAAAUUUUUAAAAAA